CAUCCCUCGAUGAGCUCAUAGUUGCGCGGUGAUGUCACUGGGGGCGUUGGCGUCGUGUGCCUUCCCCGGCUCCACGCGAGGGAACGCACACUCGGGGAUCCAGACGUCUGUUUACACGCGCCACCCCUCGGCGGGCGGCGCUGCUCAGGCCCGUCCUUUCCCGCCCCUGGGACCCGGCUCCAACCCCACCCCGUAUCUGUGCGGCGCCUGUUGGCCUGGUCAGCGCAGGGAGGCUGGGCUUGCGCGCGCCGCAGCUUCGGAGGUCGAGCUGGGCUGAGAUUGCCGGCCGGCAGAGGCCGGCGGGGACGCGGUCGGGGCUAUGCUGGGCAAGGAUUACAUGCUGGCCAUCAUUCUGGUCAACUGUGAUGAUGACUUGUGGGGGGACCAGAGUCUUGAGGGAGAGCCAGGCCUACCCCCUGGCUGGAGGAAGAUACGCGAUGCUGCAGGUACUUACUAUUGGCACGUACCCAGUGGCAGCACCCAGUGGCAGCGCCCAACCUGGGAGACAGGAGAUGCAGAGGACCUAGGCACGAGGACGGAAGGGAUUUGGGGACUUCGGCCCCCCAAGGGGAGAUCCUUCUCCAGCCUGGAGAGCUCACUGGACCGGAGGAACUCUUUGUCCUGGUACAGUGAGGAAUCCUACAUCCAGAGCAUGGAGCCAGGAGCUAAGUGCUUUGCAGUCCGCUCCCUGGGUUGGGUAGAAGUACCCGAAGAGGAUCUGGUACCAGGGAAGAGCAGUAUUGCAGUCAAUAACUGCAUCCAGCAACUGGCCCAGACUCACAGCCGUAGCCGCAGCCAGCCCCCAGAUGGUGCCUGGGGUGAGGGCCAGAACAUGCUGAUGAUCCUGAAGAAGGAUGCCAUGAGCCUGGUGAAUCCUCUGGACCAUAGUCUGAUACACUGCCAGCCUCUGGUGCACAUCCGUGUGUGGGGUGUGGGCAGCUCCAAGGGCCGGGACUUCGCUUUUGUGGCUGGUGACAAAGACAGUUGUAUGCUCAAGUGCCAUGUGUUUCGCUGUGACGUCCCUGCCAAGGCCAUUGCCAGUGCCCUGCAUGGGCUCUGUGCCCAGAUCUUGUCAGAGCGAGUAGGUGUCAGUGAGGAUUCUCCUUGCUCCCUAGACCCCAUCUCCCCUGAGGACCUGCCACGGCAAGUGGAGCUGCUGGAUGCGGUGAGCCAGGCUGCUCAGAAGUAUGAGGCACUGUACAUGGGGACCCUGCCAGUCACCAAAGCCAUGGGCAUGGACGUGCUCAAUGAGGCCAUUGGUACUCUCACCAACCGGGGGGACCAGGAUGCCUGGGUCCCUGCCAUCCUCAGCGUGUCUGACUCUCUCAUGACUGCACAUCCCAUUCAGGCCUGGUGUGGGCAGGCAGAAGCUGGUGCAGAGGAGGAACCACUAUGGCAGUGCCCUGUGCGCCUUGUGACCUUUAUUGGUGUUGGCCGUGACCCACACACCUUUGGCCUCAUCGCUGACCUGGGCCAUCAGAGCUUUCAGUGUGCAGCCUUCUGGUGCCAGCCCCAUGCAGGGGGGCUUUCCGAAGCUGUGCAGGCUGCUUGCAUGGUUCAGUACCAGAAGUGUCUUGUGGCCUCUGCAGCUCGAGGCAAGGCCUGGGGUGCCCAGGCCCGGGCCCGCCUGCGGCUCAAGCGGACCAGCUCCGUGGACUCCCCAGGAGGUCCCCUGCCCCUCCCCCUGCUCAAAGGAGGGGUUGGGGGUGCAGGGGCAGCCCCUCGAAAACGGGGUGUCUUCUCUUUUCUUGAUGCCUUCCGUCUGAAACCCUCUCUGCUCCAUAUGCCCUAAGUGAAUCCAGGAGGACUGGGUAAGGAGGCCCUGGGUCCAUGCCCAGCUCUAUACCCCUUAAUUUUCCAGGGGCCUGUAGCCUCUCUUUCCUUGAAACCUUGUCUGCCUGCCCUCUGGCUCUUGCCCACCCUCUGUUUAUUGCCCAAUUUAUUGAAUAUUUAUAGGGAUGAUUGAGAGGCCCUGCACCACAACCUAGGCCCCUGGCUGUCCUUUCCUUGGGUCCCUGUGUUCCUUGCCCCUGUCCAGCCCUGGACAGUUGGCUCUACCUCAGCAACACUUUAUAGCAAAAUCAAUACAAAUAAAAAUCCCUCAGUGACCUCA